CCCAGAAAAGUAUCAUUCGCAGAUCAAGUUCACUUCUGUAAAGAACUCAACCAAAUCCUCCACUCAAGCAACAUGGCAUUCAAGUUUGUCUUCGCUCUCGCCUUCGUCGCCGUUGCCAGCGCUGGCUACGUGCCCCAGGCUUACCACGCAGCUACAGUUGCUGCCCCAGUUGCCACCUACGCUGCUGCUCCCGUGGCUGUGGCCCAGAAGGUGCUGGUCAAGUCAUCCGAUGAGACCUACGAUCCUCAUCCCCAGUACCGUUUCUCCUAUGGUGUCGACGAUCAGCUGACUGGUGACUCCAAGAGCCAGGUCGAGGAGCGCGAUGGUGAUGUCGUCCGUGGCGAGUACUCUCUGGUCGAUGCCGAUGGCUACAAGCGCACCGUCCAGUACACCGCCGAUCCCAUCAACGGCUUCAACGCUGUCGUCAACCGUGAACCCCUCGUCAAGGCCGUCGCCGUUGCCCCCGUUGUGAAGACCAUUGCUGCUGCCCCAGUUGCCCACUACGCUGCCCCCGCUCACUAUGCUGCCCCAGCUGUCGUCAAGACUGUGGCUCCAGUUGCCCACUACGCUGCCCCAGUUGCCCAGUAUGCUGCUCCAGCUGUGGUCAAGACUGUUGCCCCAGUUGCUCACUAUGCCGCCCCAGCUGUCGCUCACUACGCCGCUCCCGCUGUUGUCAAGACCGUGGCUCCAGUUGCUCACUACGCUGCCCCAGCCCCCGUUGCCCACUAUGCUGCCCCAGCUGCUCACUAUGCCAGCUAUGCCGCCCCCGCUGUUGCCUACCAUCAUUAA